UCCUAAACUGGAUGAGUAUUGAGUAAACAAGGAAACUCAAUAUUCCUCUCUCUCUCUCUCUCUCUCUCUCUCUCUCUCUCUGCGAAUCUGAACACCGAUCCCUGCGGUUCUUGUUCAGCAGGAUCACCGGAAAGGUCUUGUUCUUCUUUGACCUGAAACUUUGUCCAAGAAGUAGCCAUGUCUUCUUUUCUUCCUGCCACAACAGAGUCAAUAGCUCAGGCAUUGGAGGCCAGAGACCCAUCUGAGGCCAUCUCCAUUCUUUAUCGUGUACUUGAUGACCCUUCUUCUUCUCCAGAAGCAGUACGCAUGAAAGAGCAGGCCAUCACAAACCUCACUGACCUUCUCAGGCAAGAGAAUAGGGCAGAGGAACUGCGCAGCCUUCUUACUCAGUUGAGGCCCUUCUUUUCCUUGAUUCCUAAGGCAAAAACUGCAAAGAUUGUGAGGGGAAUAAUUGAUUGUGUUGCUAAAAUACCGGGGACAUCUGAUCUACAAAUUUCACUCUGCAAAGAAAUGGUGCAAUGGACUCGCGCUGAAAAGCGUACCUUCCUGAGGCAGCGAGUUGAGGCAAGGCUUGCAGCACUUCUGAUGGAAAGUAAGGAGUAUUCAGAAGCUUUGACUCUCCUUAAUGGCUUGGUAAAAGAGGUUAGAAGAUUAGAUGACAAGCUUCUACUUGUAGACAUAGACUUGCUUGAAAGCAAGCUACACUUCUCCUUAAGAAACCUUCCAAAGGCAAAAGCAGCCCUCACGGCUGCAAGAACAGCUGCAAAUGCUAUUUAUGUUCCUCCAGCUCAACAAGGUGCCAUAGAUCUGCAGAGUGGGAUUCUUCAUGCUGAGGAGAAGGAUUAUAAAACUGCAUAUAGUUAUUUCUUUGAAGCUUUUGAGUCUUUCAAUGCUCUCGAAGAACCCAAAGCUGUCUUUAGCCUGAAAUACAUGUUGUUGUGUAAGAUCAUGGUGAGUCAAGCUGAUGAUGUGGCUGGAAUUAUAUCUUCUAAAGCAGGCCUUCAAUAUGUUGGGCCUGACUUGGAUGCCAUGAAAGCUGUUGCAGAUGCUCAUUCUAAGCGAUCCCUUAAGUUAUUUGAAACUGCUUUGCGAGACUACAAGGCACAGUUGGAGGAAGACCCAAUUGUUCAUAGGCACCUGUCAUCCCUGUAUGAUACUCUUCUGGAGCAGAAUCUCUGCAGAUUGAUUGAGCCAUUUUCAAGGGUUGAGAUUGUGCAUAUUGCUGAGCUAAUUGAACUCCCCUUUGAUCAUGUGGAGCGAAAGUUGUCUCAGAUGAUUUUGGACAAGAAGUUUGCUGGGACAUUGGAUCAAGGUGCUGGAUGCCUCGUCAUAUUUGAUGAUCCCAAAACCGAUGCAAUAUACCCUGCAACUUUAGAAACCAUUUCUAAUAUAGGGAAAGUCGUUGACAGUCUUUAUGUUAGGUCUGCCAAGAUAAUGGCAUGAGCUCUCGAUCUGGUUACUUAAUUUGUGAUUUGCUACAAAACGUUGUUGCUGUUUUCUUCUUGACGAUGAGUAGGAUAUUAUUUAUUUAGUUUCUGAAUUUUUCAAACUAAGAUUUUUGUAGUUUUUGAAUCCAUUGUUCCGAAAACCACUUCAGGUGGUCUUGAAUGAUGAUUAAAGACCAUUUGAUAGUAUGAUCUUAAAAAAUACAUACAUGU